AUGGCAACACAAAGAGAGGGAUGUAAAUGUAGUCUAGCUACAAUAAUUACAAUCAAGAGUGAAAGUCGUCGUCGAAGUAGUCGACGUCUUUGUAGACGCCUUGACGUCGACUUGGUGGGAGGCCCUGGUGGUGAGGAGGUGAGAUCGUAUGCGGAGGACGUCCAUGCGGUAGAGCAGUACGCCGAGGAUGUAGAGCGUGGCGAUGAGCCAGAGUGCGACGAUGGCGAAGAGGAAGGGGGCACGGAUGGUGUAGAGGAGUUGGUCGAUCUGGUGGAACAGUUGAGUGAAGUGGUCGGAGUGGAGUGCCUUGGUGAGUUGGUCGUUGAGGUCACUGCACCGUAUCUUCUGGCUGCCGGCGAGCAGGGCGUGGGCGUUGCGAUACGUGAAUCCGUAGCGGUAGAGUGUCGGCAGAGGUCCGCCACAUUCGACGAGUGA